CUUGUUGAGAUUGUUGUAAAGGUUGUUGAUAUGUGUCAUCAGUUAAUGAUUGUUGUUGUUCAGUAUUAUCUUGAUAUAAGGAAGGUAACUGUUGAAGUGUUAAGUUUGGUUCUUUUAAAGAAAGUAGAUUUAGCUGAAUGUUUAGCAGGAGGUUGGGAAUGUGGUAAUGGUAGUAAUUGUCAAGAUAAUAAGUUCAUGGUAGUAGUUGGUUAUAUUAGAAUUACUUCUAACAGGA